AUGGGGGAGAAAGAGGCGGAGUCGAGCGCCGCGCCGGUGAGCCACGGUAAAGGCACUGUGCAAAUGCGGAAUCAGCCCGUGAAGCGCUACGAUGGUGAGCCGCUGACGCGUGUCGACGUGCAGCAUGCGAUGCUGUGCUACUUAUUCGCCGACACGCGCCGCGUCUUUACGAACCCCCGCGCCGGCCCCAGGGGUCCUGCGACGUCGACGUUUGUGAAUGCGCUGGCGAACGAUGCGCCGAGCGCCGAGGCGGACAAGGGGCUGGUCGCGAGCCAGCCGCCGGCCGUGCAGGUCGGUGUCGCGGCCGCGAUCGGCGGCCCGUUUCCGACGUACGUCUGGCCGUACGGCCAGUCGGCCGGCUCGGCGCGCCGCAGCGACGAGACGGACGAAGAGCUCGCUGCGUGGCAGGACCGCCGCAAAGCGUACCUGCAGUGGCGCGAUACCAACUACCCCGACUCGAUCACGCCUUGCGCUGAGCUCGAGCAGCCGGACGAGACGUGGGCGCACCCCGGCGCAGAGAAGCUCACGUUCAAGGAGCUGUACCUCGAGGCGCUGAUGAACAGCAGCAAGUGCACCAAGAGCAUGCGCGAAAAGUGCCUGCUCGACGAGGAGUACGCAGAAGACUUUUCCAAGGUGUGCCUCCUCGUGAACGUCGGCCGCAUCAAUACGACCCUCGCGUUCUACCCCGAGAUGAAGACGAUUCUGCGCUCGUACCACCCCGUACCAUCGCUGCAAAAGUCGGACAAUACGCGCCGCAACAUGCAGGAUGCGCCUCGCAUGAAGUCGCUGCUCAAAGCAGUGCUGCUGCCGUACGAGCGUCCAGGGCCGCCGGGCGGCACCGCGACGGCGUCGGCGGCCGCGCGUCACACCCCGGGCGAGGACACGGAAGAGGUGCCGGGCGACAUGUCAGAAAUUGCACGCCGCCUGCGCCGCAACCGCGUGCCGCCGACGUCGGUCGUGACGCUCAUCUUUCUCCUGACGCAGCAGGCGUCCGAAGUCACGUCGCUGCACUUUCCGCAGCCGUUCGACGUGCACUCGCUCUUCUUUCCCCAGGCGAGUAACCCGCUGUCGGCGCGGCAGCGUGCCGAGGCGUUCUUGUGGCUCGUCUACCACUACCUAGAAGGGCCCGCGGCCAAGGUGCCGGGCGAGCCGGGCACCGAGAACCCCUUUGACGACGCAUCGUCGGCGGAAUCGCGCCGCGCCGCGCACGCCGCGUGGGAAGCGGGCGGACGUGUGCCCCUCUCUGAAACGCACCCGCUGUGGCGCGGCGUGCCGAAUCCCGACUACACCCGCUGGAAGGAGGAGCACGAGGUGGGAAGCACCGACGAGGAGAAGAAAAAGGCGCGGCACCGCGCCGAGGCCGCUGGAUCGUGCCCCGAGACCUACAUGCACCGCGCUCUGAUUCCCGCGCUGACACCUAUUUCCCAGGAGGCGUUCGCCAAGGAAGAUACCGACACGCCGGAGGAGAUUGAAUGGGGCAAGCAGAUGCAGCAAGAGCGCGCUGCGUUCCUCGUGCGCUUCCAGGAGGAGGAGCAGGCCAAGGUCCUUGCACAGGGCGGCAGCCUCGAGGACGAGGCGGCCGACGAGGCGAAGCCCAAGAAACGCAUCCACCCCGGCACGCAGAGCUGCUACCCCCUUGCGAAUAUCCUCGCCAAUGCCGCGGCGCAGGGCUCGAGCCAGGGCACCUACGGCCGCUCGGCGAUUGGGUUCGUCAAGCGUGCGCGUCUCUCCUCACGCCAGACGCACAAGGACUCGCGCGAGUCGUCCGUGAUGCAGUCCGAAGGAUCGAUCGAGCACGCCGACGGGCGGCGCCAGCCUUCGCUCUGGGAGCUCCCGCUAGAAGAGCCGGCGCAGGCCACGCAGACCUCGCUGCUCGACGAGACGUGGCGUGCGAUCCGCGCAUCCAAUGAUACCGAGGUCGACGACGAGAUCGACGAGCCCCACACGACUGGCGGCCUGGCAAGGAUGCUGCUAGUCCUGCGCCGCCUCCGCGAGCUCCGCCAAGAUAGCGAAUAG